AUGGACCGUGCAACUGAGCGCAAGGAAAUGGACACUUGCCUUAAACGUUUAAAACAGGAGUUGACCUCCAUGAAGGAGGCAGGAGAUGGUCUCCAGACUCAGAUGAACUCGAUGAUGGGAGCUCUGCAAGAGCUAAAACUCCUUAAAAUGCAAACUGCUCUGGAACAACUGCAGAUCUCUUGCAAAACUAGUCAGAAUCAGCACUUUCACCAAUCUCCUCACAUAUCCACAAGCUCAGAUAAAUUCCAGUUGGAGCAUAUCUCAAAGGAGUCCAGACCAAUGGAUACAAAAAAGUCAGAAAAGCCAAAGAAUAUCACUCGAGAAUCAAGUUUGUCUCACUUGGAAGUCAAACCCACUAUGUUUCUCACCAGCUCUCCAAUAAAAAAACAUAGCCUGGUACCACAUUACGUACCUAGGAGGCAUGAUCCCAGAGGAACCCACCACAGAGGAAGUCUUAGCAAUUCUGCAUCUUUCUCCAGCUGUGAGGAUGACAGCUUUUCUUCACGAGAUGGCAUUCGUAUGUGUGACACUCCAAGCGGUUUAGCCUCAAGAUCUUCAUUUGAGGAGCAUCCAGCUUCAUUCAACUCACCAACAAUAACUGAUCUCCAGGGGUUUAUGGAUACACUUUCACGCGAGGGUCCCUCGAUCGACAGUGAUUUUUCUCAGUAUGACACAGACGACUCCAGUGACUGGACAUCAUCUCUAAUGAGUAACAGCCGAAACAGGCAGCCCUUGGUACUUGGAGACAGUGUCUUAGCUGAUCUAGUUGGCAACUGGCUGGACUUACCUGAUAUGGAGAACCAGACAUCUGGUGAGGAGGAAAGUUCAGGAAGGCUUUCUGAAGCAUCCCAGCAUUCUUUGCGCCUGAGCUGCUCUCAGGAGUUCUGCAGGCGAAUUAAUCUGACAACCAGCAUUUUCAAAAAGGUCUUGCGCAGUGUGCGGCCAGAUCGGGAGAAACUGCUGAAGGAGAGAUCUGCAUGGCAAGAGGAUGAUGAGGAAACACUCUUUAAAAGAUCCAAAAAUAAAAAUAAAGGAUCUAAAACAAAAGGAGGCUUCUACAGACCGUUUUGGAUGAAAGGCAGUGGACUGAAAGGAAAAAACAGACCAAAGUCAGAAAAUGAAAGUUUAAAAGGACCCAUAUUUGAUUAUAACUCUGCAGUCUGGGUGUGA